ACCUGACCUGAGCAAAGUGUGUAAGGGACUCAGAUCUACGACGAGACUGAAUCCCUUUUUCUUCAUCAUCUUCUUCUCGAUCUAUUUCUGAAUCUUAAACUCUUCCGUCUCUCUCUCUCUCUCUUGGGCUAUCUACGGACGCAUAAGCACGUUUGUCUGGUAAUGCUGCUGGUCAUCGGCGUGACGGUGUGCUUAAUUGCUUCCUACGUGAAUUGAUCUGAUCUGAUCUGUGGGUGUUUCUGAUUCGUCAUCAGGGAAUAUGCUGACGAAGUUCGAGACAAAGAGCAACAGAGUUAAGGGUCUCAGCUUUCACAGCAAAAGGCCAUGGAUUCUUGCGAGUUUGCACAGCGGUGUGAUCCAGCUUUGGGAUUACCGUAUGGGGACUUUGAUCGAUAGGUUUGACGAGCAUGAGGGACCUGUUCGCGGUGUUCAUUUCCACAAAUCACAGCCUUUGUUCGUUUCAGGAGGGGAUGAUUACAAAAUUAAGGUUUGGAAUUACAAAACUCACAGGUGCCUGUUCACACUUCUUGGGCAUCUUGAUUAUAUACGCACGGUCCAGUUUCACCAUGAGUACCCAUGGAUUGUGAGUGCUAGUGAUGAUCAGACUAUCCGCAUCUGGAACUGGCAGUCGAGGACUUGUAUUUCUGUCUUGACUGGUCACAACCAUUAUGUUAUGUGUGCUUCUUUCCAUCCUAAAGAUGACCUUGUUGUAUCAGCGUCCUUAGACCAGACGGUCCGUGUUUGGGAUAUCGGGGCUCUUAGGAAGAAGACUGUAUCUCCUGCUGAUGACAUCCUACGAUUGAGUCAGAUGAAUACUGAUCUUUUUGGGGGCAUUGAUGUUAUAGUCAAGUAUGUUCUGGAAGGUCAUGACAGAGGAGUCAACUGGGCUGCUUUUCACCCCACCCUUCCUCUCAUUGUCUCUGGUGCAGAUGACCGUCAAGUGAAGUUGUGGCGCAUGAACGAAACUAAGGCCUGGGAGGUGGACACACUGCGAGGUCAUAUGAAUAAUGUGUCAUGCGUCAUGUUCCAUGCAAAACAAGACAUUAUUGUAUCUAACUCCGAGGAUAAAAGCAUUCGUGUCUGGGAUGCUACCAAGCGAACUGGACUCCAAACUUUCCGCCGUGAACACGACAGGUUCUGGAUUCUUGCGGUUCAUCCAGAGAUGAAUUUAUUGGCCGCGGGACAUGACAACGGUAUGAUUGUCUUUAAACUUGAGAGGGAACGCCCUGCAUUUUCUGUGAGUGGUGAUUUUUUGUUCUAUGCCAAAGAUAGAUUUCUUAGGUACUAUGAGUUUUCGACGCAAAGAGACUCACAAGUCAUCCCUGUACGCCGUCCUGGUACUCCAAGCCUGAACCAAAGUCCUAGGACCUUAUCUUACAGUCCGACAGAAAAUGCAGUUCUUGUAUGCUCAGAUGUGGAUGGCGGUUCUUAUGAGUUGUACAUCGUACCAAAAGAUAGCGUCGGCAGGAGUGACUUCGUUCAGGAGGCAAAAAGGGGGCCCGGAGGUGCUGCUGUCUUUAUAGCUCGAAACCGGUUUGCUGUUCUUGAGAAAAGCACGAACCAAGUGCUGGUCAAGAAUCUCAAGAACGAGAUGGUAAAGAAGAGUUCCCUACCGAUCCCCACUGAUGCUAUAUUUUAUGCUGGGACAGGAAAUUUGCUUUGCAGAUCUGACGAUAGGGUUGUUAUAUUUGAUCUUCAACAAAGACUGGUUCUCGGUGAACUUCAGGCCUCAUUUGUCAGAUACGUUGUUUGGUCAAAUGACAUGGAGACUGUCGCUUUACUAAGCAAGCAUACUAUCAUCAUCGCCAGCAAGAAGCUUGUCCACCACUGCACCCUUCAUGAAACAAUACGUGUGAAGAGUGGAGCUUGGGAUGACAACGGUGUCUUUAUCUACACAACUUUGAACCAUAUCAAAUAUUGUCUCCCUAAUGGAGAUAGUGGAAUAAUCCGAACUCUAGAUGUUCCUAUCUAUAUCACAAAGGUUUCUGGGAAUAACAUCUUCUGCUUGGAUCGGGAUGGGAAAAACAGGGUUAUUGCCAUUGAUGCAACAGAAUACAUUUUCAAGCUUUCCCUGUUGAGGAAGAGGUAUGAUCAUGUCAUGAGCAUGAUUAGGAAUUCCCAACUUUGUGGGCAGGCUAUGAUUGCUUAUCUGCAGCAGAAAGGAUUCCCUGAAGUUGCCCUUCACUUUGUUAAAGAUGAAAGGACCAGGUUCAACCUGGCUUUGGAAAGUGGUAACAUCAGUAUAGCUGUUGAAGCAGCCAAAGAGAUCGAUGAGAAAGAUCACUGGUAUCGACUUGGGGUGGAGGCUCUGCGCCAAGGUAAUGCUAAAAUUGUGGAGUUUGCCUACCAGCGGACCAAGAACUUUGAGAGGUUAUCUUUCCUUUAUCUCAUCACUGGCAAUAUGGAAAAGCUGUCCAAAAUGAUGAAGAUUGCUGAAGUGAAAAAUGACGUGAUGGGCCAAUUUCACGAUGCCCUCUACCUUGGAGAUGUUAGAGAGCGUGUUAAGAUCCUGGAGGGUGCUGGGCAUUUGCCUCUUGCUUAUAUCACAGCCUCUGUUCAUGGUUUGCAUGACAUUGCUGAGCGUCUGGCAGCUGAGUUGGGAGACAACAUUCCCUCUCUGCCCAAAGGUAAAACUCCGUCACUUCUAAUUCCACCUCUCCCUGUCUUGGGUGAUGGUGAUUGGCCUCUUCUGAGAGUCAUGAAAGGAAUAUUUGAAGGAGGGCUAGAAAGUGGUGUCAGAGGGGCUGUUGAUGAAGAAGAAGACGGUGAAGGAGAUUGGGGCGAGGAGCUUGAUGUGGAUGAUGUUGACGGAUUACAGAAUGGGGAUGUGGAGGCAAUUAUGGAUGAUGCAGAAGCUGAGGGAGAGAACGAGGAGGAAGGUGGAUGGGAACUUGAAGACCUUGAACUCCCACCAGAGCUUGAAAUACCGAAGUUAUCUGCUAAUGCACGUUGUGCAGUCUUUGUGGCACCGACUCCAGGCAUGCCCGUAAGUCAAAUAUGGACCCAGAAAUCAUCUCUUGCCGCUGAGCAUGCGGCAGCUGGGAGCUUUGAUACCGCAAUGCGGUUGCUGAACAGACAGCUCGGCAUAAAGAAUUUUAUGCCCUUGAAAUCCAUGUUUCUCGAUCUUUUCUCGGGCAGCCACAGCUAUCUGCGUGCCUUUUCUUCGUCUCCAGUGGUUUCCCUUGCCAUCGAGCGUGGGUGGAAUGAGUCUGCUAGUCCCAAUGUCCGUGGCCCACCAGCCCUUGUUUACAGUUUCUCUCAGCUUGAAGAGAAGCUCAAGGCCGGUUACAAAUCUACCACUGCAGGAAAGUUCACCGAGGCUCUUCGUGUUUUCCUAUCCAUCCUCCACACCAUCCCACUCGUAGUAGUCGAAUCAAGGAGAGAAGUUGAUGAGGUCAAGGAACUUAUCAUUAUCGUUAAGGAAUACGUUCUUGGUCUGCAAAUGGAACUCAAGAGGAGGGAGAUGAGAGAUGACCCAAUACGGCAACAGGAGCUGGCGGCCUAUUUCACACACUGCAACCUACAAACCCCUCACCUAAGGCUCGCCCUUCUCAGCGCAAUGAGUGUCUCCUACAAGGCCAAGAACCUGGCUACAGCUUCGACUUUCGCGAGGAGGUUACUAGAGACAAACCCGACAGUGGAGAGCCAGGCCAAGAUGGCGAGGCAAGUCGUGCAGGCGGCGGAACGCAACAUGACGGAUGCGACCCAGUUGAACUACGAUUUCAGAAACCCUUUCGUGAUAUGCGGAGCCACAUAUGUGCCGAUCUACAGGGGACAGAAGGACGUGUCGUGUCCGUACUGCACGGCUCGGUUCGUGCCAAGCCAGGACGGGAAGCUCUGUACAGUGUGUGAUCUUGCAGUCGUCGGGGCUGAUGCUUCUGGUUUGGUAUGCUCCCCUUCUCAAGUCCGGUGAUCUGUCCAAAACAUUGUUGCCCCCAAAAAAACAAAAAAAAAAUCCUCUCUGCAGUGGCAAGGUAAGUAAAGAGAAGUGUUGUUCUUUCUUCGUAUGGUGAAAUAUCAAACCUGUUUGGUGCUGUCUACCGUGAUCAGAUUCACCCGAUCUCUGUUGCAAGUUAUAUCUUAUAGUUGUUUCUUAUGUAAUAAGC